CGGAAUCUCAGUCUAAACUCAGAGAAGAAGUCGACUGAUUCCAGGUCAAUACGAGAAUCCAGGGAGUGAGAACACCGAGUGUUAAAAAUGAUGUGCCUCCGUGGCAGCAGGACGGUGUCCUUCAACCUCAGUCCUACCAGACGAAUUGUGGACCGGAUUUCUCGAACAGCUUUAUCACAAACCGUACCCCGAUCACCAUUCCAACCAGCACGGUCCCUAUCCUUCGCCACGUUCUCAACCUUCCGCUCACUCUUCCCUCCUACGCGCACGACGACACAAUCCCCGCUCUCAACUCCAUUCUCAUCACUCCUGCUCUCCACUCCAGGAAGCGCUUCCCGCCAGUUCUCCACCACUGCCGCUCUCGGAGCAAAACGAAACACAUACAAUCCGUCUCGGAGAGUUCAAAAACGUCGACAUGGGUUUCUAGCGAGAUUGCGGUGUAGAGGCGGGCGAAAUAUCCUAUCGAGGAGAAGGUCCAAAGGACGGAAAUAUCUAACUUGGUAAAUUGGAUGUAUGUGCCGCGGCUGAUCUUGUGGGUUUUAUCAGGGAUGGUAGAGGAGGAUUGCCUUAAAACCUGAUGCGGAGUGUGUCUCCUCAUUUGUGUGCACUAUGUACGAUUUUACUCGAGUCCCAGGUGGUGGAAUCGCGGCAGGCAUUGAUUGGGAAAAGCACACCCGUCUUCACAUUGCCAUGGUGAGAUCCAUAUCCUCUUCGCCGGGAUUCCACCGGGCACGCCCGUCGUACCGUUUGGUUGUUUUAUUACUGUAUCAGUGGCUAUGGACUCGCGUGCAAGAUGUGUAUGUACUAUAGAUGUCAAAACUACUUUUAUCAAUCAUCAUCACA